AUGGCUAUUUUCAUUCUAGGAUUGCUACUGCUGUUCGUAUCAGCGACUUUCUUUGGUUUCAUACGCAACCUUCGCAUAGAGAACAGCAGCCGUCGAAAACGUGUGCUCGGUGAACUCAGGCUAUCCGGCAACCACAUACUCGUGGGGUUUUUCCAUCCGUAUUGUAAUGCAGGUGGAGGUGGAGAGCGCGUCUUGUGGACAGCGAUUGCAAUCUUGCAACGAACGGAGCCAGAAGUGGUGAGCGUGGUGUACACCGGAGAUGUCGAUGCCACAAAGGCGGAUAUCAUUGCCAAUGUUAAGUCUCGGUUCGACAUUGACCUAUCGCCACGAACUCUCCACUUCGUGUACCUUCAUUCUCGCAAUCUGGUCGAAGACUCGACAUGGCCUCGAUUCACCCUUCUGGGUCAAAGUCUUGGCUCCAUGUUUCUGGCAUGGGAGGCAAUGUCCUCACUUAUUCCGGAUCUCUUCAUUGAUACCAUGGGAUAUGCCUUCACCUUUCACGUUGUGAAAAUAUUGGGCAAUAUCCCGAUGGGUGCUUAUGUGCACUAUCCAACGAUCAGCACAGAUAUGCUGGCUAGGGUGAAGUCACGCAAGAAAUGGCAUACGAACUCGGACCACAUCAGUUCUUCGAGUGUCCUUAGCCGAGGAAAGCUCCUGUACUAUCGCGUGUUCAUGUAUUAUUAUGCCUACUCUCUCCGGCAGGCGUCAUUCCUCAUGGUGAAUUCGUCCUGGACCAAGAACCACGUUGACGCGAUAUUGCAACAUAGCGACCCACUCCUUGACGCCAUUCAUUUCUUUACACCAGUAACUCUGUUCCGGCUACUCUCGUGGGGACGGGCAGAUCUACCGAAGUCUGCGCACAUCGUCUAUCCACCAUGUGACACCUGCGAGAUGGCCAAGUUCCCCCUCGAAGGGCGCGAACGUGUCAUACUGAGCGUCGCACAGUUCCGCCCGGAGAAGGAUCACGCUGCGCAGUUGCACUCUUUCCAUCAGUUGCUCAAAGCAUACCCUGAGUACGGCAUUCCUGGGGAUCUGCAAGUCAAGCUUACCCUUGUCGGCGGGAGCCGCAAUGCUGCAGACGCUGCGCGUGUGGAAGGCCUGCGCUCGCUCGCCGUCGAGCUGGGUAUUGAGGAGCACGUGCGAUUUGUGGUGAACGCUUCCUAUGCAGAGAUGCUCAAUUGGCUCUCGCGUGCCAGCAUCGGGCUUAGUACGAUGGUGGAUGAACACUUCGGCAUCAAUGUAGUAGAAUACAUGGCAGCUGGCGUAAUCCCAGUGACUCACGCGUCAGGAGGGCCCUUGAACGAUAUCGUAGUGCCGUUCAACGGCGAACCCACGGGCUAUCACGCAACCACCCCCGAAACGUUCGCACAGGCAUUCCAUACCGUGCUGACAUUACCGCCUGAAGCCGAGGCUGCCCUGCGGCUUCGCGCGAGGACUUGGGCCGUACAGCGCUUCUCCGAGGAGGAGUUCGAGAAGGGGUGGAACGCGAGUGGGUGGAAGCAAUGGGUAUUUGCGUAA